GGCGGAGCAGGGCGCCAGGCUCGGGGAGGAGGCGCCCGGCGACGAGGAGGACCGGGAGGAGGGCUCGUGCGCAUCCUACGGUUGCGUCAAGUAUGAUGGCACGCACUCCUGCCAGUGCAACGAUGACUGCGCGAAAUACGACUCGUGCUGCAAUUACGCCGACACCUGCUCCGUCUCGGGCAAGAAGGACGACUCCUGGGAGAAGGUCCCCGAGUUCCCCGUUGACGUGGUGAACGAGGAUUACAAGGCGGCGUGCGAGGGGGGCAACAGCCUCGACGAUGGCUGGAUGUACCUCUACAACGAGGGACGUGGCACGGACAACGCGGCCUGCGGUACGAGCUCAAACUACUGGUGUUGCCGCCAGUGUGUGGAUGAUCACGGAUGCAAAGACAAGAGCACGACGGCUACACGCUCCACGACUACCAACGCCGCAGAUGAUGCAGUGCCCGCUCGGCAAAGCCAUGCACAGGGCGGCGCCGCUCCCGUGAGCGACGAAAGUGCGGAAGGGCGAGGAGGUCGCCGCCAAGGAGGGGGCGCCGAAUCCCGCGGAGGCGAGGAGGCUGCGGACGACGGGGGCGGCGGCGACGAAGAUGACGACCCAGAGCCGUACGACUGCUCUGUGGGCACCGACGAAGAUUGGAAGACAAACAAGAAGCUCUGGUGCUGUGUGAUCAGGAAGGUCGGCUGCGAGGAGACGCAGGCGACCGCCGAGCCGACUCCCUCGCCGUCCACCACGACGAGCAUUGCCACCACCACUAGCGAGAAGGCCGCGACCAGCACCAGCACCGGCAGCACCACGACCGCCGAGGACCCUGAGGCGGACGUCGCGCUCCGGUAGCGCUCGGGGCUCACCGGGCUAUUUUGGCGGGUGCCUCGGCGGAAGGGACGAGCGGGGCUGCAGCAGUUGGGCGGGCCCCAGUGCCCACCUCGCGCUGGCGACCAGUGACCCGCGCGGGUGGGCCCCCCAUCCCCUAGCGUCGGAGGCCCCCUCCUCGCGCCAGAAACCCCCCGUCCUUCGAUCCCUCUUCCCACCUCUCCCCGCCGCGAUCUCCCCUGUAGAGAAUCGUGCAGACGACCGGAGAGAAAUCUCGCCGCCGCGCCGCCACGAAAA